AUGGACCAUUGGGAUCCGGCAUUGAUCAAUCCGCUGGCUGGGCGCCGGCCGGUCGUGCUCAUUGAUAACGCCGGUGUUGGACGGUCGCAGGGCCAAGUAGGCAGGACGUUUGCGGACUGGGCCAAGAACUACGUCAACGUGAUGAGGGCGAUUGGGAUCCGGCGAGCGGACGUGAUGGGCUUCUCGAUGGGAGGAUGCGUCGCACAGAUGGUUGCCCUCGACGCUCCCUCGCUCGUGCGAAGCCUGAUUCUCUGCGGCACCGCUCCGAGCACUGGCGACGGUGUUGUAAAGGCGCCGCUCGAGCCCUUCAACCAGCUCAAAGCCGCUGUGACUGUCGAGGAGCACCGCAGGGCCUUUCUAGAUGGCUUCUUUCAUACCUCGGAGCGCAGCCAGGCCGCAGGCAUAGCCGCCUGGGACCGCAUAGCCAAGGCUCGAUCUGACAGAUCAGAUUAUGUUGAUGCUGAAAACGCCCAUAGGCAGGCUGUUUCAUUCGUCAAGUUUAUGGAUCCUAAACAGGCCGCGGGUGCAUCGUACGACCGCUUCCAUGAACUUCGGCUUCCGGUGCUGAUUGCGAAUGGAUGUAAUGAUCUUCUACUGCCAACAGAAAACAGUAUCCUCAUGUGGAAGAAACUCAGCCACGCGAAUGCUCAACUUCACUUGUAUCCCGAUUCAGGCCACGGGUUUCUUUUCCAGCACGCCACCGUAUUCUCGGGUCUGAUAAACGAGUUCCUUGACGACGCUGCGGAACAGACUAGUCGGCUCUGA